AUGUCUCAGCGGGCGUGCGGUCGUGGUCUUCUCAACUUGCUUUUUUUACCCUUGAGUCCUAGAAAGACGAACCUGAAGUUGGUUCUGAAGUGCACCACCUGAUAGAAGAACUGCAAGUAUGAAUGGACGGGUAGAGGUCGUACUUAUGCUUGUUCGCGAGAGAAGUAUUUGUCAUAGCCACUGUUUGUUGAGAGCCAAUCCCACCGUAAAGAAUAUUCACCGCCCAGUGUCCAUGGCACCUGUUCGAGCGUGGUGGCUGAUUGCUCAUAGACUAUAACAAAUCUUU